AUGUUUGAUGAAUAUGGCAUCAAGAUGAGUUAUGAGAAAGCUUGGAGGUGCAGAGAGAAGGCAGUUAUGUACAAGAGGGGAACUCCAGCAAAAUCUUAUACAAAGUUAUAUGGUUACUUUUACAUGCUGGAACAGAAGAAUCCAGGUACUAUUACUGACAUUGUCAGCGAGGAUGACCGAUUCAAGUACUGUUUCUGGUCUCUCGAUGCUUGUAGGAGGGGAUUUAAGUUUUUUUGUCCUGUGAUUAGUAUUGACGGAACAUUCUUGAAGACAAAGUAUGGAGGAACAUUGUUAGUUGUUGUUGCGUACGAUGCAAACAACCUAUUGUUUUCAGUAGCCUAUGCAAUUGUUGACACAUGCCACUGUGCAUGCUUCAAGCAUAUUACUAAGAAUGUCAUUCACAAGUUUAAGACUGGUGUAUGCAACCGGCAAAUAUGGCGUGUAGCUUACGCAUGGAACAAGACGGAAUGUGAUAGACAUUUUAAGGUGCUGAAACAGAUGGACCCUGCCAUUGCUACAUACGUCGAGAAAAUAGGGUUUGAAAAGUGGGCUCGUCCUUAUUGUCCAUGCGAUCAGUACAACAUAAUGACAAGCAACGCUGCCGAAAGCUUCAACAGGGUGACAGAAGAAUUCAGAAAAUAUCCAUUUGCUUCUCGUCUCGAAAAGGCUAGUAAGUGCGCUACUCCUUUGGCUACUACUUUUGAAAAUGAUUUAGAGGAUAAACACAAAGAUGGUAUGUUCAGGAGUGUCCUUCGUAAUGGUGCCCAAUUAUUUAACGUUGGUACGAGUCCUCAAGCAGUUAGUCAGAAUGUGAGCGUGUACGCACUUAACUCUCCAUAUUACACAAAAGAAACGUGGAAGAAGAUCUACGAUGCCACAAUUAAUAUUGUUGGCAAGGAGGAUGAGUGGGUACUACCGGAACACAUCAAGAACAUAAGAAUCGGGGUACCAGUGGAGAAAAAACCAGUAGGUCGGCCUAGGAAGAGAAAUGCAGGUAGAAGACCGAUGAAGCGUCGACCGUCUAGUGGUCAGGUGGUAGUGGAACCUCGUAAUUGUUCGAUAUGUCACGGUCCAGGGCACAACAGAGCUACAUGCAAAGCUCGAGUUUGA